AUGAAACUCUCCAUUGCCAGUCUCGUGUUGGUGGCUACCCCCGUGGCGGCCUUUGCUCCCGUGCAUCAUCAUCCACGUUCUCUGCUGGCAGUCAAGCCGUUGCAGGGAGGAUAUCUGGAGGACCUGGGUGCCAUUGGGCCAGAAGAAGAAGAAGAGGAAGAUGAUUCUCGUGAAGCUACCAUGAUGUCCAAGGAAAGUCUCGAUCGAGCCGGACCAGGAGACUGGAAGGACUAUGUCGAAUUCCACGAAUUCGAUGGCGGUGAUGGACAGAUGGGUGUGGCAGGAGAUGGUAACUCCAAAUUGGAAACAUUCGACAUGAGUGCCAUGGCCAAAUCCAAAACCAUGUCGGCCAAGAAUGCAUGGGGGAAAAGUACCGGAUAUGCCGAGAACUUGAUUGAACAGGGAGUCGAAGCACAACGAGCCCAACAAUUGGAAAAUUGGCAAAAUCAACAAGAAGUACUCGCACAACGAAAAGCAGCCAAGUGGCAGUCGGAGGAAUUCGACAAGAUUAAUGAAGAGACGGAUCAAUGGUCCUUGUCCAAAUUUGGUGUCGAACGGAAUCAAGAAUUUGACAUGGACGAAACCUUUGGUCCAGUCACGGCCGGUACCAUUGAUGAAGUCGUGGAACUCAAGGCCAACAUGAACCAAAAUGCCGUACACGAAUUCAACGUCAAGAACGAAUACAUGGGAUAUGCCGAUUUCAGGGCCGCUUUUACACCCGACACUCCGCCCUUUUUUACCAUUGAACCCACCGAAGGAUCACUCGAUAAAAAGGGAACCGAUUUCAUUCUGCGAUUCAGACCCAACAGUCCUUCCGUAGUCGAAGGAUACCUCGUCAUUGAAACGGAAGAUUUCAAAAAGACCUAUCAUCUCAUUGGAGGUACUUCGUAA